AUGACAGAAGAAUUUGGAACGAGAGGAAGUGCAGCUUCCAAGAUUGCAGAAAAGUACUUGAGUCAACCAACAGCCAAACAAAAGCUGCUGCUUAAUGCUUUUCGUGCACCUGAUUCGCGUUAUCAGCCUAUUUGUCGUUUCUUGACGUUGAAAGAAUGUGCAUUGGAUAGAAGCAAAGGCAAGGAGACAGAGACUACCAUCGAUGACGCAUGCGAUGAUGUUCAUUUUGAACCAAUCAUCUACCCUCAAACAGAUAUGAGCUUAGGACAUUGUAGUUAUUUGAACACAUGUCAUCGAACAUCUCGUUGCAAAUAUCUACACUUCAAUCCUGUCAGAAGACCAAACGCACCUCCCUUUGAAUGGCAAACAAUUUACGAUGACGAUCCAAUGCCGAUCAGAAGGAAACAGACUUUUGUGGAAGCAUUGAUCAGACACCCAGCAAGAGCACUACAUGCAGACGGAUUGGAGGAGUGGAGUAGGGACGCACAACAUUCACCAGAGCUAACACCCGCUCAAUGGAUCGAUGCAGAUUUAAAAUCGUUUGAUUAUUCCAUGUUGGGCAAAUUUGACGUAAUCGUUGCUGAUCCUCCAUGGGAUAUUCAUAUGAGCUUGCCAUAUGGAACGAUGUCAGAUGAUGAUAUGCGUGCGAUGCCAUUCCCGCAAUUACAAGAUGAAGGCUUCUUGUUCCUUUGGGUGACCGGUCGUGCGAUGGAGUUGGGCAGGGAACUGUUGUCUUAUUGGGGAUACACACGAACGGAUGAGAUCAUCUGGGUAAAAGUAGGACAAACGCAGAGGCUGAUUAGAACAGGAAGGACGGGGCAUUGGCUCAAUCAUACGAAAGAGCACUGUUUGGUAGGCGUAAAGGUGAAGAAUAACAAACCAGAUCCAAGACUACCCAUCGUAUCCACACUUUCACCACCUUCAAGCGUCACGUAUCCAGCUUCUCAUGCUCCCGGAAUUCCUGCCAACAAAUUGUUACCUUCUUGGGCAAAUGCAGGCUUGGACGCUGAUGUGAUUGUGGCUGAAGUGCGUGAUACGUCUCGCAAGCCAGAUGAAUUGUACAACAUCAUCGAGCGCUUGUGUCCCAAAGGCAGAAAGAUUGAAUUGUUUGGCAGAAGACAUAAUGCUCGACCAGGUUGGAUCACCGUUGGUAAUCAAUUGAAAGGCGAUCACAUCGUUGAUGUCGAUUUGAAACGGAAUGUAGAAGCAUGGAGACGGAAGGCUGCAAGAGCUUAG